UAAUGGCCCUAUUAGUCCGCACAGCAUUGUGGGUCAACAAAAUCCAAGAUGUCUGACCGAUCGAGAGGAAGUGAGCAACAAAAUGGUACAAAUAAUGAAGUUGCCUCUCCUUGUGAUUAUCAGCCGUUAAAAGAAUGCCUCGAGAGGAACAACGGGGACAGAUCAAAGUGCAUGGAGGAAUUUCAACAAUUUCAGCGAUCAUGCGCCGAAAAGAAAAGAAAAUUACAAGGCAAAGAGACCACAUCGGAUUGUGGAUGUGAAUAAUGUGAGUGGAUAAUCUGGAUAAUGGGGAAAGCUUUGCAAAUGGGUUAAACUUUUGUUAAGAAAACACAGAGGAAACAGAAUACAACGGCCCUUGGAAAUAUGGACAGUAUGAGUUACAAUGAAAACAAAGACAUAUUAGAGUGAAGUGACUCUCAUUAACAGCACCAACUAAAGUGUUAGUACAUAUUAAGAUGCAGUCAAUUUUAUGAGCAGCACAGCGUAAUUGAUAGAUCAUAUAGAGGUGCUACAGAAUCAUAAGAUAUACAGGGACAACACAUUGAAACAAUUAAAGUAAAAGAAAGAUGUUUAUUGUUAACAUACUAUAUGGCAAAUUGAGAGUUCAGAAAGUGACACUGCAUUAAUUAUUUUCCGUUUUUUUCAUCUCCAGAAAGUGAAACAAUAAUGCUAAUAUGAUAAACCAAUAGCAAAGUUUAAAUAUUGAUGUGAUGUCAAUGCUAUUCAUAUAUUUUUCUGGAUCAUUUAUUUCCUGUUGAAGUCUCUGAAGCUAUAGUACAAGCUACCUUUUAGCAGGAUUGUCUACAAGCAAUGUGACAUAUCGGAGACCUUAACUUUCCAUGUACUCAUCUUUUUAUACUCUUUAUGCAACAGUUCUUUUUUAUUAUUCACAUUUGUCGUUCACCAGCCAAAUGGAAAUCGAUUUGGCAACAGGAUUAUACUGGAAAGAUAUCUCCUCGCUUCUGAAUGAUGCCUUUUCAGAACUCAAAAAGGACUUUUCUGAUGUAUACGAGAAACUACAGCUGGCGGCUAACCUCCUAGCACAAUGUGAAAAUUUCAGGCUAGUUUUUUCUGGAAGUGUCGCUGAAGGAACUUCAUUAGCUCCAUCAUCUCGAGGCGGUGUUUUAGAGCUUGACAUCAUGGUGACAAGUUGCCAUACAUUGUCCCCGGAGGAACAGCUUGAAGUUUUUGAAGACAUUCCGGACCAUCCAGGUUUCCUAAGAAUUCGUUUUACUCGUGAGGGGCUAAAGAAAAGAUUGAGACACCCUUGGUUGUUUCGCACAAUGAGUGAAUCCGACGAGGAAGGCAAGAAAACUUUGUUCUAUUUAUCCAAUAGACAAACCCCUUUCAUAUUCGCCUUUCACUCAUUACUUUCUGAAAUUCUUAGAGACCCCUCCAAGCCCUUUGUUUUACCACUCAAAAGUUUUUACGAUUCCCUUUUGUCUUCUGGAUUAAAAGAGCAUUUUUCGGGCGUUCUUAAGUAUUGUGGUGGUGCGGCUGUAACUUUAGAGGGCGACGUUAAAUUUCCUGGCUCUUCCGAUAUAGAUGACUUCAUAGUGGACUUUUUCAAGGGUUCUUUUAGUAAAAUUAUCCGUAAGGUUUUAGCUCCAACUGAUGCAAUGCUUCCUGGACAUUCCAGACUGCCUGUUGCGUCCGAUGCUCUGAUAUACAGGAAAUUUUCAACCGACCUCGUUGCCGCGAUGUAUUGCAGGGGAUGGCCAUCCAUUGCCGAUGGAUUUUUCCACCGAGAACGACGAUGGCCAACACCCUCUAUUCUUGACCAGAUUCGAAAUGAUGGUUUUUUUAUUGUCAAUAAGUCGCCCUUCAAAAAUCCCACGGGUUUAGAAUGGCGUCUUUCAUUCUCCAAUGCAGAGAAAACUCUUUUUGCACAUAUGACUGAAUUGAUGCGGCAUUGCUUUUGUGUUUUCAAGGGUAUUUAUUACCAAGAACUUACAACCCCAAACGUUUUAAGCUCCUACUACUUAAAAACAAUCUUCCUUUGGAAAUGUGAAAGAAUGCCAAUGGAUGUCUGGGUCGAGCGUAACGUUGCGCAAGUCAUCAUGGGAUUGCUGGACGAUUUGCUGCAUUGUCUUGUGAACAAACAUUGCCCGCAUUACUUUAUGCCAACGUGUAACCUGUUGGAGAAUGCGCACGGGGACUUUCUAUUGCACCUUGCUAGGACAGUUCUACAAAUCAGAAGGGAUCCUAAAAGGUUUUUUAAUCGAAGUCGGAGAGAUGCCCUUCUCAAUCCAUAUGUCAGGGAUCAUAACAAAUAUAAGGACGAAGCAGCCAGUUCCGCCUCGUGAGAGCAGGGGACCAAAUUGUAAUAUGAUUAACUUCUGUCGUAUGGGUGCCCUAGUGUGUUAGCGCGUCGGCAUCUCGCCACUCUGGCCCAGGUUUGAAUCCUGCUCUGGGGCCGGUUCCUAGACGGCAGGUUAGCGCUAACCCAGGGCUAAAUACGGCUAUCUUGACAUUUCAUUGAAUAAAAAGGUCAUUCAUCCCUGGGUUAGCGCUAACCUGCUUUCUAAGAACGCAGUAACGUCAGUAACGCAUGACUGAUUGGUCGGGAUUUUUUCGAGUUCGUGCCUUGAUUCGAAUUUUUGUCAAAGUGAGUUUAAAGCCCCCCUGUGUUUCCAGUCUUCUAGAAAAAGGACCGUAAACCAAAGGGCACAUCUUUUCAAGCUGCGCCACACUAAAAAGGACCAUCUCGCAUCACGCCCUACCGGGGUAUUAAGUCAGUAACGCAUGACUGAUUGAUUUUUUACUGCCUUUUUCUGCAACGAUUACUGUAAAUUUUUUGUACAAUUAUUUUUCUAGUUCAAAAAUAUACUCCAUUCUUU